GCUGCCGCUAUAGAUGCCGAGUUUGAGCUCUCGCGGUACGAUGACAGUUGUCGGCGGAAUGAAGUGCUGUUGCAAUUGGCCAAUGAGAACAGCCCAGUCAAAGGUUUUACCUGGGGAAGCUACCAAACACUCAUAAACGAGCCUAAGAAGAAGAGUACGUGA